ACGACGACGACGACGACGAACCAGAAAUACCGGACCUGCCUCCACCCGUAUCGGCUGUCCCCAGAGACCCGUCAGAGCCGCCAACGGCACCAGCACGAUCAGCAACAGAACCAUCGCCAGCGCCGCAAACACACACGACCCCCGACUCGGGCGGCACAAAAACAACGCAGACCCUCCGCUCCCGCGGCCCAGCCCGCCCAGACUCCCCAUCAGCAACGACAACAGCCACAGCUCGCGCAGCCCUCUUCGCCUCCCGUCGCUCCAACACGACGAAAUCCUCCGCCUCGGGCCCCACGUCGUCGACGGCGACGGCCGAGGCGAUCCUGGACCACCAGCGUGCGGAGCAGGACGCGCUCUCCGAGUCGAUCCUCAAGAUGGCCAGCGCGCUGAAAGCCAGCUCGCAGAAGUUUUCGAGUACCCUCGAGCAGGAUAAAGGCGUGGUGUCGCGCGCGGCGGACGGGAUGGAUAAGACGGAGAGGUCGAUGGACGCGGCGAGCCGGCGGAUGGGUACGCUAAGGAAGAUGACGGAGGGGAAGGGGUGGUGGGGGCGGAUGAUUUUGUAUGCUUGGGUGUAUGGGCUCAUGGUCGGCUUGAUCUUGUUGGUGUUUGUGAUGCCGAAGCUGAGGUUCUGAGGGUACAUGGUAAAAGGGGGAUGGAAAACGCCUAUCAUCUAUGUUCAAGAAGAGGUUCAAGAUCGGGUUUGACAUGUCUACAGAGGCGUUGGGAUAACAAGGAGGGCUUUGUCUGCGAAUUGGAUGCGAGGGGGCAUGGCAUAAGCGGCACUAUGAAAUACAAAGAUGGUUU